AUGGGCGUGCCAGAGAUCGUGGCCACGUCCAAGUUCAAGUCUUCCAAGGCAACCACGACGGCUCGCCAAGCACAGCAUGAUGCGCAUGUAGUAGAUGACUGGGACGCCGAGAGCAGCGACGACGAGCCCAGAAAAAGCAUCUCGCCAGCGAUGCAAGCGGAUGUGUUCAAGGCCACCAAAGACCAGUGGACGGAAGCCAACUCGCAAGCUCCGGCAGCUCUCCCGAUCAUUGCACCUGGUCAAGGUCGCAGCCUUCCAGGUGCAGCCUAUGGAGAUCGACUGCAGGCCAACAGCAGCGCCCAAGCUCGUGCCGACAAUACUGCAACAGCCGCGCGGGGCAUCGCCAAGAUCACACUCGCAACUGCUCCACCCCGCAUCUUGCAGCGUCCAAAAGAAGCGGCUCCCGGCAUGCGCAGCGAUGGCUCCUCGGCCCACGCAUCCAAAAGUGGCCUACAGGAGCACAAAACGGUAGAGCAACGCCAGCUCGAAUAUCGUCUGGCGCGUGAGAGGAUCUUUGGCACCACCUCCUCGAAGCCACCACCUUAG